UCUUCUUUGAAAAGCCACCCGAUCCAAAACCAAAACCACCACCCCCGGCGCUACCCACCCCGAACCAUUCCGGCGCCGCCUACCCCGGCGACCCACACAGGCGCCGCCCACCCCGGAACAAGCCGUCACUGUCCACCACGGACCACGCCGGCAACACCCACCCGGCACCCCAGAUCACGCGCCACCCGAGUUCUGGGUCGGAUCCGUGCGUGGAGAAGAACCCCGUGCCCGACCCUCCGCGCCGCCUGAAGCCGACCGUCGUUCCACGUGGACCCUCCGCGCCGCUGGACCCAGCCGAUCUCAUCACCUGAGUCGUCGGAAAACUCAGCACGCCCGGAUCGAAAACGCACCCACCGUCGAAGAUCCGGAAACACACCCACCGACGAAGGGCCUCACUGAGGCAGAUGCAACCGGAACCACGCCAGCGCAACUGAGACGACGAGAUCCAGACCCCAAAAACUGCCGGUUCCGAGUCUUCCGACGGUCACAGUGACGGAGAUGCCGAUCGGUUUCAAAGAAGAAAACCAAAAAAAAAAGAAGGAAAAAUAUGUGAUGAAAGUGUUGCCACGUCAGGGUGUAAAAACGCUUCCAACUACCCAGCUCGCUCCGACGUCGUUUUCGUGAUGCUCUACUUGAUUUGACCCCUUAAACCUGAACGUGUCUCCGUCUUCAUCAUCGAUCUGAACGGCUUAUUAGUGCUCUGAAGCUUCGUUUUAGUACUCGAACCUAAAUGCAUAUGGCGUCGUCGUUUUAGUGCUCUAAAGCUUCGUUUCAGUCAUUGCCUCACUGGGGUAAUGAGGGUUUUGGGGUUUCUCAAGAAGAGCUUGAAUGGCCUCCACAAAGGUGGCAGUGCCAGAAGCAAAGCACACCCACUUGGAUUCAUUGGAAUUCAAAGCAGAGGCCUGUCAGACCCCAACGUUCUCAAUGGCGAUGAAGAAGAUACGGUGCUUCCUGUUCUGAUAGUUGGGGCUGGACCUGUGGGUCUUGUUCUCGCUAUACUUCUCACCAAACUGGGUGUCAAAUGUGCGGUUUUGGAGAAAGCCAGGACAUUUUCUAAACAUCCACAGGCACACUUCAUCAACAAUCGAACUAUGGAGGUGUUUCGCAAGAUAGAUGGGCUGGCGGAGGAGAUCCAGAGGUCUCAACCUCCGGUAAAUAUGUGGCGGAAGUUCAUAUAUUGUACUUCUCUUUCUGGGUCUAUUCUUGGUUCAGUGGACCAUAUGCAUCCUCAAGAUUUUGAGAAGAACGUGAGUCCAGUCUCUGUCGCACACUUCUCACAGUACAAGUUAAAUGCAUCACUACUUAAACAGCUAGAAAAUCUUGGCUUCCAUGUUCGUACAUCACAAGCCUUGGAAGACCAAAAUCAUAGGCCCCUCAAGGGAAGGGAAAUUUUAAUGGGGCAUGAGUGUGUAUCCAUUGAUGGCACUGGCCAAUAUGUUGAUGUUACUGCAACUUUUCUCAAGAAAGGGGAGUAUAUGCAGAAGCAUAUUCAGUGCAAUAUCCUUGUUGGUACAGAUGGUGCAGGAAGCACUGUGCGGAAGCUUGUAGGAAUAGAUUUGAGAGGUGAGAAAGACAUGCAAAAGCUUGUCAGUGUUCAUUUUCUGAGCAGAGACCUUGGCCAGUACUUGCUCAAUGAGAGACCCGGUAUGCUGUUCUUUGUCUUCAAUCCUGGAGCCAUUGGAGUCCUUGUUGCUCAUGAUCUCCAGCAAGGAGAAUUUGUAUUGCAGAUACCAUUCUAUCCGCCUCAGCAAAACCUUGAAGAUUUCAGGCCUGAGAUAUGCAAGAAGUUGAUAUUCAAAUUGGUUGGUCGAGAGCUUUCAGAUGUAGACGUCAUUGAUAUAAAGCCAUGGGUGAUGCAUGCAGAAGUUGCUGAGAAGUUUGUAUGUGAUGACAAUCGAAUAAUUCUUGCUGGUGAUUCUGCUCACCGAUUCCCUCCAGCUGGUGGUUUUGGAAUGAAUACUGGCAUUCAAGAUGCUCACAAUCUUGCUUGGAAAAUAGCUUCCCUUGUAAAGGGUAUUGCACCAUCUUCUUUACUUGAAACUUAUGAAACGGAACGUAAGCCGAUUGCCAUUUUCAAUACGGCACUUAGUGUUCAAAACUUCAGAGCAGCCAUGGCAGUUCCUACUGCACUUGGUCUUGAUCCAACUGUUGCAAACUCUGUGCAUCAAGUCAUUAAUAGUGGAGUUGGUUCUGUUUUACCAUCUGGACUACUGACGGCAAUUCUGGAUGGAAUUUUCACAAUAGGUCGUGCACAGCUCUCUGAAUAUGUUCUGAAUGAAAGCAAUCCACUCGGUUCUUCUAGACUUGCUAAAUUAAGACGUAUAUUUGAAGAAGGAAAGAGCCUUCAACUCCAAUUCCCUGCUGAGGAUCUUGGUUUUAGGUACCUCAAGGGAGCACUGAUUCUGGACAGUGAGGGUGCGUUUGGUGCUCCAGAACCGCCUACUGGUCGUCGGAGGGACUAUGUUCCUUCUGCAGAUCCAGGGUCAAGGCUGCCCCAUAUGAAUGUGAGGGUACUAUCCAAUUUAUCAAGUGAGGAUAUCAUUUCAACGCUGGAUCUUGUAUCUGGUGACCAAAUUGAGUUCCUUCUGAUUAUAGCACCAGUAGAUAAGUCCUAUCAUCUUGCUCAUGCUGUCUUCAAGGUGGCUAAGGAAUUCAAUGUUUCUGCCAAGGUAUGUGUUUUAUGGCCUGCUGGUGCUGUUAAAGGAAUUGGAGCAGGAAGCAAGGCAGCGGCCGCAUGGGAGAAUUACGUCGAUGUUGUGGAAGUUAAGAAGUCACCAGCUUCACCUUCAUGGUGGGAUAUCUGUCAGAUGACCGACAAAGGAGCCAUUCUGGUUAGGCCCGACGAGCACAUUGCUUGGCGUACGAAGUCAGAAGUUGUUGGGGAUCAUAUUGUGGAGUUGGAGAGGGUUUUUUCUGCAAUAUUUGGUAUAAAGUCAACCAAAGUAUAGGAAGCUACAUACACAAAUACUAUGAUCAACCAAAACAUAGGGAGCCACAUACUAAUGCUAUGACCUGUAUUUGAAUUCUGCAUCUGGUUUGGAAGUGGCUGUCUUUCCUGCGAGUGUCCACACAAGUGCUGGAGAUCUCUUGCAAUCUGGCUAUUGGAGCAAACCUUUUUGAUUAAUUCUUUAUAGACCAUUCAUAGCAUAUGUAAAUGUUUGUAGAAUUUCAUGACCUGGUCUAUUAAAUUUCUUGGGUGGGAGUGACCGCAUUGUAGAAACCCCUGCCAAUUUAAGCUUGCUAAUGCCCGUCCCCAUCGGGUAGCUCAAUCGACUGGGGGCCAUGUCUCAUGAAGCUGAAGUUACUAGUUCGAAUUUUUUAUCUC